AGCGACACACCAAAGGUGAUGAGAGGGGACGCCAACUUUACGCAGAUCCAAGUGCUCGAUGGCCCGGCAUUGGUAUGCCAACUUGUUGUGGCCAAUGCUGAAGGAAUAGCUGAUAGCUGACAGCUUGGCUAAAUGUAUGUAGAGAGUGCUAUUGACGGAGCUCAACUCGAGCAAAUACGUCAUUGAUGCGCACAACAGGUCGAUUGGAGAGAUCGGCAAUUUGUCGGAGGUAUGCCUGCAACAGCAUAACACUUUAAAGAAAUGCUUAGUUGGUUUACUGUGAUGUGUGGUUGGUGCUGCGUAGCUGUUAAAGUUGUGCUCACUGGACGUGUCAUUCAACAAGAUCACGUCGCUGCGAAACGUUAGCACGGCCAGAGAGCUACGCGAGCUCAAGAUCUACAAUAAUAAACUCACGAACACGACCGGUUUGAAAGCCAACUCGAAUUUGGAAGGACUUCAGAUGAACGACAAUCUGAUCGAAGAGAUAUCUAGCGAUUUUCUAGCGCUGAGUAGAUUGAAAAACCUUUGGCUUAACGGCAACAGAAUCACAUCAGUCCAGAACCUUCGAGGAUGCAGGCUACUAGUGCACCUGGACUUAGGCCGCAAUAAACUUGAAGGUGCAGCGUCAGAGGUUUGUACUCUUUGCAAAAAGCUGCACUCAGAUGUGUGGACCGAGUGACCACCCAUUUUGCAUAAUUCUCGCAGGGUUUGGAUGCUCUGACCAACCUGGAGUACUUGAACCUUGGGGGGAACCAACUAACAUCUGUAGGCAAUCUCACCCACCUCAUCAAGCUUGAAGAGCUAAACCUGUCGGAGAAUAAACUGACAACCUUGCAAGGCGUAAUGCCUCCUAAUCUAGCGAUCCUACGUGUGAACGGGAACCAAGUAUCCAACUUUCAAGGCCUACUCACACCACUGGAAAGGCUAAAUGAACUUUAUGCUCACGAUAACAUCAUCACAGACAUAGAAUCGCUCCCAGCACGAUGCCCUCAGCUGGAAUCAGUCGAUUUGCGAAACAACCAGAUUGAAUCAAGCUCCCAGAUCACGGUUCUUGCAAAGUGUGCGGCACUGCAAGAUAUCUGGGUGCAUGGAAAUCCGUGCUGCUUUUCAAGCAGCUAUCUUCUCGACGUGAUGACGGCAUUUCCAGAGCUGAAAACUCUUGAUACGUUCACCGAUGCGCAGUUGCAGAUUUCUCGUGAAACCCUGAAGAAAGGAACAAUAUCGCAGGAUGAACUGUUCAAUUCUUCGAGAGCCUCAACACCAUCGUAUCGCCCCGGUUCAGCUGCAUCUCGACCUGGAAGUGCCCGUGUACGAACUCCGGCUGGGAGGCCGGUGACAUCCGAUACCGCUCCUGUUUUCCACACGCCGUCUUCUCGAAUCGGCAAUCUCACCAAACUAACGAGUACUGAAGAACUUGCCAGAGCUCAAGAGGAAGUGCGUAGUCGGCUGCAGAAAAUAAAACAAAUGUUGCAUCGCGUCGCAGAUGGAGCCGCGGAGUCAGUCGACAGAAGCGAUUCGGUUGAACGAAAGGAGCAGAAAAGAUCUCGCACUUCAGCACCUGCCGAAUCGAUUUCAGCAGCCAUUGCGGCCAAGAGGAGCGCUUUGACUACUAAGGUGGAAAACCGAUUGAAUGAUGUUCAUGAAGCUACACAAAGCAUUGCUUCGACAUCGUCGAGUACUGUGUCCGUGGGUUGUGCUACGGAUAUGGAGAGGAUCCCGAGAAUUGCUCAUCGCACGAGAACGGUGCAGUCACUGAUUCGACGGUCAUGCGUUGAUGCGGGGACGGAUCCCCUAGAGUCGCUUAUGAGCAAUAACAAACCCAUUGGUAUUCAGAUGCCUACGCCCGGUUGCGAGAUGGAGACGCAGACGUCAUUACCGCCAGCUCCUGCCCUAUCUGUAUCAAAAUCUGGAUCUGUUGGUGAUCAGAAGUUGAAUGUUACUGCAGCAGUCGAUGAUCACCAUGAGCAGAAUAACGAAAUCACUACGUCGCUCGGAGUGCAAACUCAAACGACAGAGAAGAGCGAAGUACCCUGGGAACCACAGCAGGACAGCGACGCGAUUGAAGCUGAAAUGAAGCAGUUUCUCAUGCAACAGGUGAUGGCAAGCUCUGGCAACAAUCAAAACAGAGCUGAAGAGAAACCUGAAGAGGACGUUGACCCGGCCAAUUUCGGGUCCGAUUCUCCUAGACUAGACACGAUCAAAACCGCGGAGUUGCGCAAGCCUCCUACUUCUCUUGCAAGGACAGGUUAUCGCUCUUUUCGGUUGCCGUCGAGACCAAGCAGCUCCAACAGUAGUUAA